AUGUCAUCGGUGUGGCAGCAGGAGCCGUCGGGUUACUCCCCCUGUGUAGAGAUCGACUCCAGCUCCGUGAGGACCAAAGACCGGCUCAGCUCUCCGGCCUGGCUGAAGCAAGAACAGGACGACCUGCGAAUCAUCAAGUGGGAGAAUUUUCAGACGGGAGCCUCGGCAGAUGCUGUGCAGGACAACACGCCCAGCAGCGCCAUGUCAGCUGCCUCCCAGGUGGAGGGCCUCCCCCCGAGGGUGCUGCUGACCAUCACCAAGCUGCAGUGCAUGCUGGAGAGCAAACAGGAGCGAAUCGCCGCUCUGGAGCGACAGGUGGAGGACCUGAUGCAGGACCGCAAGUUCCUGAGGAGCCAGAUUGAAAACCUCACAAGCAAUCGCUCCAUGCCAGCGUUUGCAUCACCCAGUCCAGUAGCUGAAGCUCCUAAAAGCAAGGUGCAGCAUUCAGAAAACAAAUCUCGAAAGAGAGAAAGAGCUUCUUCCACGUCCUCCGACAGCAGCGACAGCGGUUCAGAGGCGUCCGACUCAUCAGAAGUGUCGGCGGCAUCGAGCGAACACAGACGGAAGAAACACCAUAAGGACAAGAAAAGAUCAAAGAAAGGGAAGGACUACAGCAGGAAGAGAGCUACUGGCGUCCAGUACGUCAUCCAUCGCUACAAACAAGUCCUGUCCGCCUUCAUCAAGAAGAAGAGCAUGAGCGAAGCCUUCCGCCACCUCGGAAUCGACAGGAACACCAUCGCCAACACGGCGUCGAUUGCCGAGCUCCACCUGGCCGGCAAAGACAUGGUCCCCUUGGUGGGCAUGUUUCGCCAAGGAGAAGAGACUCUGGUCAGCUACGCCCAAAGGUGCACCCUGGUCAUCGACAGUGACGCCGACCUCUCCAGGAGAAUAGACCAGAUGAAGGCCAACGGCGAGCUGCUGCCCAUCUCAGGGAAAAGGCCGAGGGUGCUGCAUUCUCACCUGCAGCAGCUGGGGGGCGCUGCAGAGAGCAUUUUAAUAGGUUGA